AUGGCGCGCCGACAGCACCUCACCGCGUCGCUCAUUCUGGCGCUCGUCGUCUUUUUCAGCAUAACCUUCUUCAUGACGGGCAGCUCCACUGCUGGACGAAACGUCGCCGAUCUGUCACCAGGAGCCGCCCGGUCCGCCCCCGAGAAGCCGCUGAAGGGGCUCGACACGCCGCACGACGGUGCAUCAUCUUUUGCGGUCGACCUGGAAAGCGCGGGCGACCUUUUCAAUGGCGACUCAAUAGCGCCCAAGAUGGAGAAUGCGACUCUAAAAGCCGAGCUCGGCCGUGCGACCUGGAGAUUCCUGCACACCAUGGUCGCCCGCUUCCCCGAGAAGCCGACGCCAGACGACCGCAAGACCCUCGAGACCUUCAUCCACCUCUUUGCGCGGCUGUACCCGUGCGGCGACUGCGCGAAGCAUUUCCGAGGCCUACUGGCCAAAUAUCCGCCGCAAACGAGCAGCCGCAACUCGGCCGCCGGCUGGCUAUGCUUCGCGCACAAUGUCGUCAACGAGCGCCUCCACAAGCCCGUCUUCGACUGCAACAAGAUUGGCGACUUUUACGACUGCGGCUGCGGCGACGAGGGCAAGAAGGACAAGAAGAAGGAAGGGGAGAAGCGAGACGAAGAUGCAUUGGCUACUUCAGAGAUCAAGGCCGAAGCGUUGUGA